CUUUAGCUUAGAAACGGAGCCCUGCUGUUGUCAUUUACAACAAAAUGGCUGCUAAGGCGCAGAUAACGGGAGUUCAUUGAACGUUUUUAAUAAUAGUCAUACUAAUAUUUUUACGCCAAUAUUGUAUCUUAGGGAGAAUAUUCGUUGCAGAUAAUUGGAUAUUUCAAGAAUUUUCUUAUUUUUUUGUAUUUGUGUUUCAUAGCUAGGCUCUUUAAAACCUUUCUAAUUUGCACUUUAACGUAGCUUGCUAUUGGAAUCAAGUUCUCGGUGUUAAUAUAUAAAAAAAAAACUUUACAUCUGCUUGUCGUUUUCGCUAUAUUAUGUCGGUUUUUGGUUAGUUAACUAGCUGUGGAAUCAGCUCGUUAUACCACUAAAUUGUCUGGGAAUCAUUGAUUUUUUUUGUUGUUGGCUGCACUGUAUAUGGAAGCAUUGCUCGUUUUUCCUGGCAUCUCCAAACCUCCACACAGUGACCCUGGAAAGAAACUGAAGCAGUGACAGCGGCUGUUUGCUCAGCGAUAGUACGAAAGGGACUACGGCUGAAUUCCUCAUCUGUCAUUACUGGUAAUACGCGCUCCUUCGCGACUGAAAGCCGCGACCGACACGCUGAAUAAGGCAAGAAAGGAAUCCAAAAAUACAUGACGAGAACCAUUUGAUGGAAGAAAAGAAAAAGAAGAAACAAGACGAAAAGAAAAAGAAGGAAGCCACUCAGAAAAAGGCGGCAGACCCAAAGCACCGGGCGCCCGAGUCGGCCAAGCCCCGGUGUGCCGCUGCACCCCCCGCCGAGCCAGCCCCCGCACCCCCCUCGGCGACCCCGGGCACCAGCAGCGGAGGCGAUGGCAAGCGUCCCCCCCCAAGUGCCCCCCAGCAGCAGCUGCCGCCGACGCCGGCCUCCCGCCAUCCACCGCGAGAGCUGCCGCCCCGCUUCCGCCAGCACGAGCACAAGCAGCUGCUAAGGAGGGGCCAGCCACUCCCAGCUGGGAGCCCACCCCCUGGGACCGCCUCCCAUACCCUGUCCACCAAUCAGCACACAGAGUCGUCCCAGUAUGAGGACCCCCGUGGCGGGGGCUCGCCCACCGGCAGCGCCAGCUGGGACAAGCUGAUCGUGGACGACCGAGACGCUGAGGCGUGGCCCCGCGUCUCACGCACUGACGGCCACGCCCUUUCGAAGCAAGCCGCAGACGCCGAUAGCGCUGCCAAGGGAGGCAGCAGUAUGAACGGGGGCGCUGAGGGCUCCCCCCAAGCCUGUUACCCAGUCACCAGCACCGCCGGCCUGGAGGUCACUGGUAAAGCCUGGGACAUUGGGCCUACCCAUUGUCCAGCCGCCAUUGGUGGAGAUGGGAAUCAUGAGACCCCACCUACAGGAGGGAGGGGCCAACCCUGCUGGAGCUCUUCUGCCAUGAACCUGAACCCGAGUGCCAACCCUUCUGCCUGGCCCGUGCUGGGUCAGGAGGGCACCGGCGGGUCACUAAGUGGAAACGCCCCGCCCCCUGGGCUCUGUGGCCCAGCGGGAGGGUCUAUGGCACAUAUGGGCGGAGCCAACACACAGUUGGGUGGAGCCAGUUGUAAUACUGCAGGAAAUGGUGGCGUUGGUUCCUGGGGAGGAACAAUGACACCCGAUGGUCUGGAGAAGGCGCCCUCCCCCCCUGUGAACAUGCCCAUCGGAGGCAAACCACAGAACUGCAAUGCCAACGGGCUGAACCGCGGUGGCUGGGGCCCGUCAAACCCCAUUCGCACUGCUCCGGACUGGGAGGGCGGAACCACAGGCUCCACACCGGCCAAUCAGGAGAGCAGCUCCUCCUGGGACCUGGGCACGACCAGCUGGGGCCGUGGGAGCGACAGGGGGGUGGCGACACCCGGCUGGGACCAGAGCUCCAGCAAGGCUAAAGGGCCAGAGUCAGCAGGGAGCCCCCAGCAGGAGCACCCUGGGUCCUGGAGCUGCGGAGCCAGGACGCCCUCCAGCGAGGGCAGCAGUGACAGCCAUGAGGGCCCCCCCCGGCACAGGAAGAAGCCCUCCAGGAAGGAGGCGGACCCUCCGGUACCUGCCCAGGACCUAGAUCCCCGGGUGCUAUGCAACACAGGCUGGGGCCAGACACCAGUGAGGCAGCACACGGUGUGGGAGAUGGAGGAGGAUGGCCCGGAAGGCUCUGACCCCAAGCCCCCCACCAGGCGCGGAGCGGAGUCAGAGCAAAGGAGUGAAGUAGCUGGGCCUGGGGUCUCCACGGCUACGAGCUGGGGGGGUCCUGACCCACACCCCAGGCCCAGCCGGGUUGAGCCGCACACCGACAGAAAGGUACACGCAGGGCCGCCAGGAUGGUCGGGCAGCUCAGCCGGAGCUGGAGAGGAAAUGCCGGGCAACUGGCAUAGCUAUCAGGGGAAGGCCAAGCCGGUCCAGGGCUGGAGCGAGGGCCCCCAGGCCACACCCCCCCAUGGUUGGGCCGGCAGAGGAGGGGCGGAGGACUGGGCUGAGCCCAAAGAGGGAAAGAGCGGUCCGGCAAAGCCGGCCUGGGAGGGUGAAGGAGACAGCUGGAAAGAGAGCUCCCUUGGCUGGGGGGCGGGCUCUCAGGAGGUGGGUGGAGCCUGGGGGGAACAGCUGCCACCACCCGAGCAGAGCUGGGGGGGCAAAUCCCAGGAAGGGGGAGGCAGAGCAGGAAGCAGGGGGGGCCCGACCUCGACAAAGCCGGGCAGCUGGGCCGGGGGCGUAGGGGGCAGCAGAGCCGUGGCAGAGCGGGAACCGACUGCGGGGCAACCCACCGGCUGGGAGGAGCCCUCCUCCCCCUCCAUCCGUCGCAAGAUGGAGAUCGACGACGGUACGUCAGCCUGGGGCGACCCCAACACCUACAGCAAGGCCAUCAACCUGUGGGACAAAAACAAGCCUUCGGCCAGCCAGGAGCAGAGCUCUGCCCCCACCGGCAAUGGCAGCCAAUCCCAUCAUAGCGUUUCACGACACGGCCAGUUGCCCGCCCCCUGCCACAGCCGCCCCGCCCCCGUCAGUGGUCCAGCCAAUCCAAGCAGGCCUCAGCAGCCAGGAGCGCCAGGCAGGCCCCCCAUGGCAGCUGCAGCGUGGCCGGAGCAGCCGACCAUGCCCCCCAAAACCGAAUCCACAUGGGGGCAGCCAACCUGCCCCUCCCUCACUGUGGACAAUGGGACGUCAGCCUGGGGCAAACCCCCUGCUAGCUGUGGGGGCUGGGGAUCGGAGGGCACCGAGGGUGCCGGGCCUUUCAGCAGAGGGGGGGUACCCCCAGGACCACCCAGCCGCAAGCCAGCUCCAAAAUCUAUGCAAGAAGGCUGGGGGGGUCGCAGCACGGAAGAGCCGACCUCGGCUGGCGGCCCGUGGGAGGCCAAAGACAUGGACGUGUGGAGUGGCACUGCCGCCAAGCAGGAGAGCAGCUCCUGGGGAAACCUGCCCAGAAAGGUGCCACAGAAGGGAAAAGUGGCAAAUAAGCAGGAUGACACCUGGAUCAUGAGUCACCUGAUCAAACAGCUGACGGACAUGGGCUUUCCGAGGGACCCGGCAGAGGAGGCGCUCAAGAGCACUGGCAUGAAUCUGGACCAAGCAAUGAGUGUCCUACUGGAAAAGAAGACUGCCCUGGAUAAGCGAGGCCUGGUGGGUGGAUCCGAUUACAGCAAUGGGCCGGUUCCCAAGCCUGGACGGUCGGCACUGCUGCCCAAAGACCCCCCGCCAGACCGUCCUGCGUUCGGAGAUAAUGGUGGCGUAUUUGGCAGCAGUGCAGCAUUAGCUCGCUCCGCGCAUCCGCAGCAUCAAGCUCCACCUCCUCUGUCACUGGCCACGCCCCUCAGCUCCUCCCAGACUGGUCACCGUGCUCAAGUGCCUCAGCUUCUCUCCCCUCAGGUCCAAGCGCAGCUCCUGCAGUUAGCGGCCAAGAGUGUCGGUCUGAACCCCGGGCUAUUGGGCUCCCCAGCCAACCCCCAGCACACGAGCCUUCUGAACCAGUUAUACCAGCUACAGUUGACUUACCAGCGUCUGCAGAUCCAGCAGCAAAUGCUGCAAACCCACCGCACUGCGUCCGGCCCGACCAGGCAGCAGGAGCAACAGGUUGCACGUACAAUCAGCAGCAUGCAGCAGCAGAUCCAGCAGCAGCAGCGGCAGCUGGCCCAGGCCCUGCUGAAGAAGCAGCAGACGUCGACUCCCUCCCACCCCGGUGCCCCCAAAUCAGCCCUGGACGGCUUUGCAGGCCACCACCCGGCUCCGGGCCUCGCCGACAUGCAGACCAAAGAGCCGCAGUCCGCUCCCAGCUCCUACGCCCCCUACUCUCUUGCUGGACUGAACCUGAACAUGAAUGUCACCGGCAUGGAGGCGGACAGCCUGUGCGUGAAGGACCCCUCCCAGCCACAGUCUCGCCUGUCCCAGUGGACGCACCCCAGUCCUCGGGAAGGUGUCUCGGAGCCAGGCUUCAGUAAAUACGGCUCUAUGUCCAAGCUGCCCCCCCCCCAGGGGAAGGCCUCAAUGGACAGCUCUUUCAGCUACAACCUGCACUCCAGCGCUGAGUCGCCCACCAGCUCCCUGGUGACCUCUGAGGGCUGGGCUCAGGUCAAGGGCACCGGCGACAAGAUCUCCAAUGGGACCAGUGUGAACUGGCCACCAGAGUUUUGCCCCGGGGUGCCCUGGAAAGGGCUGCAAAGCGUGGACCCCGAGACAGACCCAGAUGCCACCCCGGGGAGCGUCGCCAUGGCGCCCACCGUCAAUACCAGCAUCCACGAUGUUAAUCGAUACCUGCUGAGGGAUGCAAGCGCGGGGAAAAUGUCAGACAAGCCCAGCUGGUCCACUGCGCCACCCAAGGCCUCACUGUCCCAUGAGCUGUGGAAGGGGCUGCAGGGGCCCAGGAACACGACUGCCCCCCCGCGCCCCCCUCCAGGCCUGGCUAAUGCCAAGCCCUCCUCUGCAUGGGGGGGAAGCGGUCUGGGCCUGCCGGUGGGAUGGAGCACCACCUCCUACUCAGCAGGUAGCAGUUGGGGUUCAGACAGCUCGUCCAGGACAAGCAGCUGGCUGGUGCUGAGGAACCUGACCCCCCAGAUCGACGGCUCGACCCUGCGCACGCUCUGCCUGCAGCACGGGCCUCUGCUGACCUUCCACCUGAGCCUGAGUCAGGGCAGCGCCGUCGUGCGCUACAGCUCUUCCGAGGAGGCUGCCAAGGCCCAGAAGUCCCUGCACAUGUGUGUUCUGGGGAACACCACCAUCCUGGCCGAAUUUGCCGGUGAGGAGGAGGUGAAUCGCUUCUUUGCACAAGGCCGUUCGCUCACACCACCAGCGUCCAAUCAGGGGCGGCUAGGGCUGGCGGGGGCGGGGCCAUCGCACGCCACAGGCCAAUGGAGUGAUGGCCGGGUCGAAGCUUCUGACAGCGGAAGUGGCGGAUCUGGCACAGACCUUCUGUGGGGAGGAGCCCCCUCCCAGUAUUCUAGCCUAUGGGGAAGCCCCAGGCGAGAGGAUGGCGGGCUCAUCGGCAGCCCUGCUCCAAUCAGUACGCUGCUUCCUGGGGACCUGCUGAGUGGAGAGUCCUUGUAGGAGUCUGUAUGGGCAGCAGACAAAUCAGAUCAAAGUCAGCCUCAGCGGAAGAUGGUCGGCUAUUAGCAGGAUCACCGGGCCUCUUCUGAUUGGUUGCCACCCUCCUCUGAUUGAUGAGCAGUAUCCGUCUGAUUGGUCAGCAGUCUGUUGCACAGCCGGCCAUUCCUUCCAUAACGUCAUCAGAGGAUGUGAUGUGACCUCGCUGAGGCCUGUAAUUUUCCUCUUGGCUUUCCUUGAUCAGCCUGACCUUUGGUAGUUAAUGGUCAUUUAUUUGUUUUUUUUUUCUUUUGAAGAACUGAUCUGAACUGCUGUUAAAAACCAACCUUUGACCUCCUUCCCCCACACAGCAGGAAACAGUAGAAAUUGUUCCAAAACACUCAAAAAGCCUGUUCUACUGUUUAUUUCUGUGCCGCAGUAUUGGCCUUAAAUGAUCUCACGCUUUUGGUCUUUCAUACGAUUUUAUACUGACUUGAGACUUGAGUGACUCUUGGAGAAAUCGCACAGUUUCGUCUGAGGCAGCAAUCAUUGUAUGGAACCCAAAGGACAACAACGCCCCCCGCAGGCCCGGAGGUCUUUGUGUCCAUGACUCUCGAGGACUGACACCGGCGUCUGUUUUGAAUGUUUAUUCAAUUUGCAUAUGUCGCUCCCAUAAGGAUAUUCUCCGGAUGCCGUCGGUUUGGCUGAGGGUCCGUUGACGUUAAUCACUGCCUUGCCGAUCUGUAAAAAAAAAUAAUAAUUAACUCCCAUGCCAGUGCCAGCACCCUGCUGUAGGACACACUGCUGUUGGCCGUUACUUUCUCAUCAGCUCACAUGCUGCCAUAUUCCUCAAGAAAUGUCACCUUCAGUUCAUGUGCAAUAUAUUCCAGAGUCUUCACCAAUGUCCUCGAAGGAAGAUCCGAAGAUUCGUGUUAAUACAGACUCCGCAGGCUUCUCCACGAGCCCGCAACGCCUUCGGCCAUUUCUGGUUUUCGAUAAAUACGAGGUAAUCGUUACCCCUGUAAUUACAUCAUAGCACUUACCGCGGAGCAUAGUCCUGAUGGGCAGAGGAGGUUCCCUUGACGUGCUUUUCGGCAUUCUGCCUCCCAGUCUCGCUCGCUUUUCCAGAAGCAGAUAGAAGGCGCUAGUGGAGGACUUGGAUGUACGUGACAGAGAGUCACGGUGAAAUGUGACAGUCAUGGUCGACUUGGUUUUCCAGUGUUUUUGGUCACUGGAUUUCUUACACCCUACGCCCCCCUCCCCCGAAGCUGGUUUAAUUUGUUCCGGCUCUGUCCUGUUUUAGAGACUUUUAAAGAGGAGAGUCCAGCAUGUCACUGUCUCUAUGCCAGUGUUUCUCCAGGGACCCCCGUACAGUCCAUGUUUUUGCUGUCUGGCAAGGAAGCUGGGAGGGAGCAAAAACGUGAACCGGCCGGAGGUAGAGAAAUGCUGCUCUAUGCAAUGGUUAAGAUGUGUACAACGAGCACUUGUCUGACCCCUGUAGAAGGUCAGCCCCGCCUCGGACGGGACCACAAGCCAAACUCUCAUCAGCGUGCGCCCCCACCUCAGGAGCGAUGCCGCUCCUGGGGAAACGCACCCCCACAUCGCCCACUCCGUCUCGUUGGCAGGGCAGUGCCAAUAACGAACUUUAUCUCUCGAAGAGCAGUGACACUGGUUUCCUGUUUUUGAUGUUUUUCCCUAUGACUCCCCUCGUGUGGUUAAGCAGGGUUUCAGAAGUGCAUGACCGUUUCACUGAACAUCUCGAUGGCUUGCACACUUACUGGUGACCGGAGAAAGAAUCCCAGCCAUUGCUACCUCACUUGUGUGUUUCCUUCUGUGACUUUGGAUUUGCUGAUCAAAAGUGGUGAAGGCAGUUAGUGACUGUCCUUGAUCUUCUCUGUAAAGUAUGUCAUACCCGUAACGCCCCACCCAUCACAGAACAUUUGUAGGGCUCCAGGAAAUGUAGUAGGGGGUUGUCUUGGGUGGGGGAUCCUUAGGGGAUGAUAUCAACACAGCACUGACUCUUUUCACAAAGCGAGGUUCAGAGCUUGGGUCUCAUGCGACACAAACGCCGAAAUCACUGUUGCUCUUCUCAAACGUUUGUUUUGCAGAACCAUCUCCCCAGGUUGCCCCCCUCCUGCCCCCGGGUUGGGCACGGGCCUCAAAAAUGUUUUUUCCCAUUACGCGCAUAUUAAAAAAAAAACACAUAUCAACAGAAAAACUGAUAAAAAAACAUACUUGAAUCUAACAAAGCAACAUUACUGUAAUGUGAAGUUUUUCUAACAGUUUUUUCUCUCAUUCAUAAUCUUCCAGGUUUUUAUAAAAAAAAUUAAAAAAAAAAUACAAUAAUAGACUAAAAAAAUCUUUGGGGAAAAAAUGCUAAAUGACACCGACGUCACGUGAGUGUUCGCACAUUUUUGUGUGUGCUUGUGCGAGACGUAAGAAUUGACUGUGGCUGUCACGCUGUGUUCGUGUGACGGACCUUACCGGCGACCCUUCAGCCCGGCUCCGCACUCAAUCUGUGCUUCCCCUCAAUCGACUCCCCGUCCAAAACGAGACACGGCACUCAAGGUGUGGGGGUGGGGGUUUUGGCGGCGAUCUUUGCUUGUCUCUGUUUACUCAAGGACAGUGACGUUCUCGCAGAAUCUGCCAGAUGUUUUACCUUCUACCUUGCUGUGACUUUCCUGGCAGAAUGAUUCCAGAAAAGGUCGCGCUUCUCAUGAAUGCAUUUUACAAAAAGAAAACACAAAAGAUCAAUUAAAAUGAAAUGGGACUUUGGUGAAAAGUGGCAAUAGAUUAGAUGGACUAUAGCUCUAUAUCUAUAGCUAUAGAUCUAUAGCUAUAGCUCUAUAUCUAUAGCUAUAGAUCUCCAUAUCUGAGGACACGUGACAAGAAGACGGCGGGAGCCGGGCUUGUAAUGAAACUCCAUUCAGUGGUGCCUACCUUAGUGUUUUGUUUGUUUGCUCAACAUAUCUUUGCAAAGGCCACCUGUUGUUUACAAACGUUUGGUAUUUCUAACAUUUAAGGAAAGAGAUUUUAUGAUGGGAACGGUUGAAAAAUAAGUUCUCUUCCAUCAAAUAAAAACACUAUACAAGAAGGUUAUUGUGCUAUUUUCAGAACUCUGGGAAUGAUUCAUGUCGUAUGUCAGUGUUACUGUUAAUCAUCUUUAUUUAAUAGCCUUUCUGAGCUGUACAUUUAUUUUUUUUUGGGUGGGGGGGGGGUUAAAAUUCCGCAUUGCUUGCACAGAGGAAAAACGUGGACGUCUCAGGAAAAGGUUCCAGAGUACAAAACUCCACGGCGUUAAUUUUUUUAAUUUAAAAAAGAUCAAAAUUUAAAAAAGAAGGUAAAGAAACUGAAUAAAAUAAUUCUAAAUUGAGUUAUGUUUACCAAAUAUUGGAUUUAAAAAGUGACGUGACUGCUUUUGUAUAAAAUCUAUGUAAUAAAACUGCUUUACAUUUUUAAAUCACUAGUUGGCGAAAACUCGGUGGCUGUACAUUUUAAAUUCAUUAUGAGGUACUUCCUGUCAAACCAGGAGUUUGUGCAUUAAUAUUUCUCGCCUUUGUCAUCCUUCCUCGUUUGGCAGGUAUUCAAUGACAAAGAAUUGUCUUUUUGGGAUGCACUUCAAAAAAAGAAAGGUGAUUUGUCACAUUAAACAGCUCGCGAUCUAUGCACAGCGGUUAGGAGUCGAGGGGCGGGGCCAUUCUAGAGGCUAACGGCCUGUUAUUCCCGCUCUCCACUCCGUUGUAGUUUCUCUCGUUGGCCUCUAUGUUAGGUUACCAUGGUUACCAUGCUGUAUAUUCCAAAACCAAUGAGUCUCCGUCUACAUGGUGCCGAGGUUGUUUGUUUUAUCACGUGAUCAAAGUGUCAUAUCUCUGCUUUCUGUGGGAAACGGGGAGGGUCGCCUUUUUAUUUUUACUUUGACUGUAUCAAAAUAGUGUUUCUCUUCAUAUUACCUACAACGGUGUGGUUCAUGUCAACAUGCAGCAAAGAGAUUAAUGAACUGUGGAACUUCUCUCAAACGAUUAAUAAAUUAGCUGUUUUUUUGU